CCAGUUCAAUUGCAUCUGGAAGGCUAGCUAUACUGUUUUCAAUAUGGGACGCAGAGCGAAGCUUAAGCAAGCGAACCCCACGCCUCUGCCUGGAUCAGGAGGAGAUAGAAGCUCAAGACAUAAAGGGAAGAAAAAGGCUUCAUCGUCAGCUCCGAAUCUUGGCUCGUUGAAAUCUUCGAAGAAGGUCAAGGUCGCAAAAGCGAAAGGCGGGCGAGUCACGAAAAGACAGGUGGACAAAGUCGAUGAAGACAGUGAUAUUGAGGAUGCCAUGCGGCCAGGCGAGCUGUCAGAGAGUGAGGACGAUGAAGAGACCGUCAAGGUCAAGUCUAUAAAGAAGCGUGGGAAGGAGUCAAGCGAGGAGGAGGACAUUGAGCGAGGCCCAGCCAAAGAGCUAGUUUUCAGCGAUUCAGAGGACGAUUUAGAUGUCGACGAGGACGAGCAGCUCCCCCCUGGCUUGCACGAGUUCGAUCUGGAUGAUGCGCCCUCUGACGCUGAUUCUGAUAUGGACGAAGAUGACAUGCCGGAAGACGAAUUCGAUCUCGGUGAAGAUGACGAGGAGGAGGAGGAGGAGGACUCCGCGUUUGCAUCGUCAGAUGACGGCGAGGACGAUGACAUCGACAUGGCCGAUGAGGACGAGAGAGUGGCAAUAGGAGAUGAUGAGGACGAGGAUGAAGAGGGCCGUGAUGGGAUCACGACGAAUCUGGAGGAUGAUAUUGAGAACGAGGGAUUCACACUGCCGGCCGUUGACCGAGGUGGUGAAUACGAAGACGUUGAGCACGGGACGAGUCUCCGCGAUGUCGAAGCUAGGAUGAGGUGGUUAGUGGGAGUCUGUAUGGGAAAGGGUGAAAAGGCUCAAGGCGUGCCUGGAAAAUCACGAUCGGAUCACCUGGUCCAGCUCCAGCACGAUAUUGCAACGUACUUUGGAUACAAUCUGUUCUUGGUCGAGAAGCUAAUGAAGCUGUUCCCGGCAGACGAGGCGCUCGCUUUCUUCGAAGCGAACGAAUCUCCUAGACCAGUAUCUAUACGUGCCAACACGCUGCGUACUAGGCGUAGGGACCUUGCUCAGGCACUCAUGGGUCGUGGUGUGAAUUUAGAACCAAUAGCCAAGUGGAGCAAAGUCGGUUUGACGGUCUUUGAAUCACCCGUCCCUAUAGGUGCUACGCCGGAGUAUCUCGCUGGACACUACAUGCUUCAAUCUGCUUCAUCCUUCCUUCCCGUCAUUGCCCUCUCUCCUCAGCCAAACGAACGAGUCCUUGAUAUGGCUUCAGCUCCAGGUGGUAAAACAACAUACAUCUCUGCUUUACUUCAGAAUACAGGAGUGGUCUUUGCCAAUGAUUCCAACAAAGCCCGGACAAAGUCUCUCACGGCCAACGUCCACCGUAUGGGAUGCAAGAACGUCGUAGUCUGCAAUUACGACGCGCGAGAGUUUCCAAAGGUCAUGGGCGGAUUCGACAGAGUGCUAUUGGAUGCGCCGUGCUCUGGCACAGGAGUGAUUAGCAAAGAUGGCAGUGUGAAGGUCAACAAGAGCGAGCGAGACUUCCAACUUCUGUCUCAAUUGCAGAAACAACUCAUUCUCUGCGCCUUAGACUCCUGCUCGCCUACAUCGUCUACAGGUGGAUACGUCGUCUAUUCUACUUGCUCUGUGACUGUGGAUGAAGACGAAGCGGUCGUCGAUUAUGCCUUGAAGAAACGACCAAAUUGUCAUCUCGUCGAAACAGGUCUUGAAUUUGGUGUAGAGGGUUUCAAGAGCUUUGAAGGCAAGACUUUCCACCCGAGUGUCAGCCUCACAAGAAGGUUCUAUCCUCAUAAACACAACAUGGACGGAUUCUUUGUCGCCAAAUUCAGGGUGGAGAAGAGGACAAAAUCUCAGAAGAAUGAUACUGCUGUCGAUGCUGCAGGCGCAGACAUCACCAUCGAUGAUGACGGAGCUGCCAAUGGGUCUGCGUUCAACGAGGCGGAGGAUGCAGCCUACAUUGCGGAGGGCAAGCGGAAACAUUUACUCAAAACCAAGGGGAUCAAAGUUGCCCCAGCCGAAGUUGAGAAAUCAGUCAAGUCACCCCUAGCGAGUAGUGGCCCGGUACGCAUACCAAAGGGCAAGAAGGUCACGGAGAAGCGAAGGUCAAAAGCCUAAGCGCGAAUUCGAGAGGCUUGUUUAUAGGCAGAACGCGAUAGAGAGCUUCACUCCCUGCACA